CCGGGACCGGCCCAGGACCCGCCCGGCGCAGAGAUGUCGCUGGGCCAGCAGCCGUCAGCGAGAGGCGCGCCGUGCGUGCGGUGCCAGGGGACGUGCUCGGGCUUCGCGCCACACUCGUGGAGGAAGAUCUGCAAGACAUGCAAGUGCAGCCAGGAGGCCCACUGCCUGAGCUCCGACCUGGAGGAUGACUGCAAAAUUGGCCGCCUGCUGACCGGCUCCAAGUACUCCACCCUCACAGCCAGGGUGAAGGGUGGGGACGGCAUCCGCAUCUACAAGAGGAACAGGAUGAUCAUGACCAACCCCAUCGCCACGGGGAAGGACCCCACCUUCGACACCAUCACCUAUGAGUGGGCUCCCCCUGGAGUCACCCAAAAACUGGGCCUGCAGUACAUGGAGCUCAUCCCCAAGGAGCAGCAGCCGGUGACGGGCACCGAGGGCGCCCUGUACCGCCGCCGCCAGCUCAUGCACCAGCUCCCCAUCUAUGACCAGGACCCCUCCCGCUGCUGCGGACUUUUGGAGAACGAGCUGGCGCUGAUGGAAGAAUUCAUCAAGCAGUACAAGAGCGAGGCCCUGGGCGUGGGGGAGGUGGCCCUGCCCGGGCAGGGGGGCAUGCCCAAGGAGGACGGGAAGCACCAGGAGAAGCCAGAGGGGGCCGAGACAGCCGCCCCCACCCCCAACGGCAACGUCGGGGACCCGUCCAAAGACGUGGAAUACGUCUGCGAGCUGUGCAAGGGCGCGGCCCCCGCCGACAGCCCCGUGGUCUACUCGGACCGGGCGGGCUACAGCAAGCAGUGGCACCCCACCUGCUUCGUGUGCGCCCAGUGCCGCGAGCCGCUCGUGGACCUCAUCUACUUCUGGAAGGACGGGGCGCCCUGGUGCGGCCGCCACUACUGCGAGAGCCUGCGGCCCCGGUGCUCCGGCUGCGACGAGAUCAUUUUCACGGAGGACUACCAGCGCGUGGAUAACCUGGCCUGGCACCGGAAACACUUCGUGUGCGAGGGCUGUGAGCAGUCGCUGAGUGGCCGGGCGUACAUCGUCACCAAGGGGCAGCUCCUGUGCCCGACUUGUAGCAAGUCCAAAAGCUCCUGAAGGGCUGCCCCCCAAGGCCAGAACCCGAGAACCCCUGGGAGGGAGUGAAGGGUGCUGAGGCCCUCCCAAGGGCCAGCAAACAACAGACACUGAUUUUUUUCAGUGGGAAUAGCCAUCUGCAUGUUCUAGGCUGGGGGGCGGUGGAUCCUAAGGGGUCCACAGUUCCCAAGGCAGAAGUGUCCUGAGAACUCUCAGAGUGGAGUUACUUUUUGUUGUUUCCCAGCUGCCCACUAAAGACACAAUCAGCAUCCUGCAAGGGCUCUCCAGGAGGAGUUUCCCAGAAUGCACUUGUGAGUGAUGGAAUCCUAUAGCUGUAGGAAGUGCCUGCUUUUUCCCGAAGGUGGGAGCUCCCCCAGGACGGGCGAGCAUCCCACCCAUCAUGCGUUGCCUUCUUUUCAAAUGGAAUUUGAAUUUUAAAUAAAAAAAAACUUUUAUGUGUAUCAAUAAAAGUCUUAGGAAGUCCACAGACAUCCUUAUCUAAUUAUU